GCCGUCGUCUUCUUGAGCGACGACAAUGGUGCGACGUGGUAGUGCUGUGGGGGUGUCGAAAAAUCUGAGAGCGCCAGGAAUACCUACGACGGAAGGUCGUUCAGGACCUUCUUCCUUACGUCUGUUUUCGACAAGGAUGGGACAAAUUGGGUAAAGGAAGACAAGAAGGUCGGCCUUCACUUGCGGCUCUUUCAAGGCUACGGCGUCAAGGCUUUCUCCAUGAAAGCGUUUGACGUGCGCGGGGACGACACCGAGCUUCGCAUGCUCACUGCAGAACAAUUCCUCAGCAGAACGAACGGCGACCGCGUCACUGGCUGCCUUCCUGUCGUCGAAAGUUCCUUGGAGCUCACCAAACCCUUGGUGAAAUUCAGCAGCCCGGCGGACCAACUUACAGGUGUCGUUAAGGAGUACAGGGAAGCCUUCUCGAGGCUGCCUCUGGACCAGCAAGCCGACUGCGCUUUCGUGCCCUUAGUCACGAGCUCGAGGAGAUCGCAACAGACGUCAUCAGCACCAGUUGGGAAGAGGAAACAUUUGGCUGCUUGUCCAGCUCCGCCUUUGCCAGCCGCGUCGCCCACGCCCUUGCCCGCGGUGAGAGGAGGUCACGAUCUCGCUCAAUGUUCCAGCGAGGCUACGGAGUGCAAUGACAGACUUCUGUGCGGACGCAAUGCUGCGCGUGACAAUGUCCACGAAGGUGCGACUAGCCUCAGUGAGCGAAACGAGGAGAACGAAGAUGGGGGAAGUUGCGGUCCACGUGAGGACGGCGGUGAUGACGAGUACAUGGACGUUGGGGAUGAGAACAUGCAGGACCAGAACAUGCUUGGUGAUGAUGACGUCGGUGUCACGUCGGAGCAUGGCCCUGGCGACAUCCCCGCCGGUUCUGUGGGAGCCGCUGUUGGUCGGCCCUUGUCGUCCCCUGCGAUAUGGCAUUCGCAAGGCGGGAGUCAAGGUGGGCAUGACUCGCAGGAACACGGAGGAUCAAAACCUCCUCGGAAGAGCAGCCAAGGGGGAAGAUCUGGCGGUCGUGGCGGCGGCCGUGGUGGCGCAAGAAAAGGUAAGCAGAUAGUGAGGGCAGAAGAACUGCGGGACUCGGGGGAUGAGGGCGAGGAAGUGGGCCCUUGCAUGCCCGACGAUGGUGAUAAACCGCUUCAGCACGCUGCGCCCAUCGACACGACACGUUGUUUCUUCCUCGAGUACGACGAGCAGGGUUUUGCUAAGCAAAAAGUCCUUCCUGUUCUUGUGGACGUCAUGAAAAUCAAAUGCAUUCCCCGCGGGAAUAUUCUUUUUAACCACCGCUCUUUAUUUGCGAACAUUGUGCGAGGCAUCGAGAAUGCCAUCGAGAGUUCCAUCACCACGGAACUGGGGGCGUGGGAUAGGCCUGAGCUCGUGCUUGCGCCGGUUGACCGCGACGAAAUCGUCGGCGGGCAGGGAAGGCGGAUAACACCAACCGAAUUCUUCGAAAGAGACUCCUCGGAGUUCGAUUGGUACGCUGUCUGUGGUCAGCAUACGGUCGAGGCCAUGAAGACAUUGGUAAAAAAGGGCUCUCCGGCAGUCGACGUCUAUGGCCUUCGCGCGUACUCGAAGGUGCGGGUCGUCUAUUUUGGAGAUGACCAGACGCGAGGGUAUUUCAAUGUCUUCGCCUUCGACAACACGCGCGAAAAUCGGGCCAUGAUGUUUUCCUUCGAGGAUGCUGUCCAUGAUAUGAGGCAAUGGUGGACCGAUAACCACCGAAUCGAGGCUUCGAAAGACAAGGUCAGCGAUAAGGAUGGGGUCGCAGUUGCACACCAAAAGAAGUGGCAGAAUUUCUUAAGGGCCUCCAUGGGGAAGGCAUGCGACAAGGCGUUCGUGAAGCAAGCGCUCGAGAAUGAGUACAGUAAGGAUUGGAGCAAUAAACUCCGUGGCUACAUGAACCUCGCCACAUCCACCGAUGCUGUGUGGCCACUGGUUGAGAAGUUGUUCGAGAUGUUCAACGAAGGGAAGCUGCCAGUUGGCGAUGGUGAAAUACCGCUUGACAUGCCGGGUAGGAUGGAGGGGCGCCAGCCAGGAUCGUACACCGACGAGACGAAGGGCCAAGGAAUUUUGUACCAUUGCAUAUACGCGAGAGAUGGUCCCAAAGGCUUCACCGUGUCGUGGAAGGAUCUCUGUCCUUCCUACUUCAAAAAUUUCGGGGAUUUGACGUGCCGCGAGACGGAAGUUGCACUGCUCCUCCUCAUGAAAGGGAAGGUGGUCGUGACGAACGUCAAGGCCAUGCCUCCGAGAGUGAAUACGGAGUGCCUCCUCGACAUCAUGCGCAAGGAACGGUACAUGGUCCGUAUGUUCAACUACGUUGUUUUCCGCGCCGAGGGAAGGGCGGACGAUGAAUGGAAUGAUGCCUUUUUCAUGUCAUACAAGGACCUCGGAGACAGGUAUGGGCCGAACGGUCUGUGUGUAGCUGAAUGGGAGAAGGAACGGGACAAGCUGCAUGUCAGCAAAGUGAAGUCGGUCCCUCGACGACUUGGAGGGGUGGAGGAGGCAAGGCAAGGAUCAGGCUUGGGCCCUACGGCGACAAUGUAUAAGGAGGCUCCGUUUCACUUUAAGGUGUUUGUAUAUACCUCAAUCAAUAAGCUCGAUCUGCUUCGGGCGGAGGUCAAACCUGUCGCCUCCAACGCACGUCAUAUCGUGUGGGAUAAACUUAAAAAGCAAACAAUAUUGCCACUGGUGUGCAUGCCAUGGAAGGAAGUGUUGACUGCGCCAGACGACAUCGUCGCUGCCGCGCAAAAAAUGACCUGCAGGGCCAUCAUCCUUGACAUCUCCCUCUCCAACUUCAGCACGACAUGGACCUCUCAAGAGUUCGACGCUCUGCACUCUAUGAUGACUAACUGUUGUGGCUUUAAUUGUUUUUUUUUUGUCUUCGCACUGCAGAAGGUGCAAAGUGAUGUUCUGCGUUGCUUAUUCCGGUGUGAGGACAUCGAACUCAUCCUCGGGACCUCGAAACGGGUGGACAGGUCAUCGAAUGACAUCACGAGGUAUGGCAAUAUCGCUACGGCAAGUCGAGACAUGAUGGCCAUUGUCCUGCACGCGGAGGGAGGGGAUCUCAGAAAGGUCACGUUCGCACCCCACCUUCUCAAUGACCUCACAAACGUGCAUGUUGUGGAGGAGAAGUUCGGGAAGUGUCAAGGGAAACACGGUGGCAUAAAGGGCGAUGAAAGUGUGGUGUAUUCCAUCUGGGAGCGAGAGUCUGGCAAGUUGUGUUCGUUGUGAGGAUCAUUCGUCGUGGAGGCAGAAGGUGUGUUUUAUAGGGUAGGGCGCACGCGGGUCUUGUGUGAAAAUUCUUACUGGCAGGGAAUAAUGUCAUUGCCUGUGACGAGUCGGCAGAGGACAUUGCAUACUGGAUAAAGUUCAUCGAUAUAC